AUGGAGUGUGAUGUCCCUGCCGUGGAGCUGCAGCCGGCACUCCCGGCAGUGCCAAUGGAUCAGCCCGGCCAGCCAGAGGCAGCAUCUCUGCAGCCGGCAAUGGCGCAGGUGCAGCCUUGGGAGUACAACCUGCGGAAGUACCUCCUGCUGCUGGCGACCCUGGUGGUGACCGUCACUUACACCGAGGGGUUCAACCCGCCGGGAGGCGUCUGGCAGGCCGCCCACGACGGCCAGCCCGCCGGCGACCCCAUCAUCCGCUACACCCACUACCACCGCUACCUCGCCUUCCUCUACUGCAACGCCGCCGCCUUCGCCGCGUCGCUCGUGGUCAUCGUCCUCAUCCUCAUCCUCGCCAUCCGGCACGACAAGAAGGGGAAGGACAGCCAAUGGGUUGUCGUGCCCCUGCGGCUAGUCAUGGUGCUGGACCUGCUCAGCCUCAUGGGCGCGUACGGUGCCGGUACCUGCCGCGACAAGAUUUCAAUCUUCUACUUCGCGGUGCUUGUGGCUAUCGUCUUCCUUUACAUCCUCGUUCUCAAGUUGAUGGACUGCUGGAAUCCUGACUCCGGCACCGGCAUGAGUCCCGGCCCCGUCGCCAGCUGCGAUGGCGGGAUGCCCGUCUCCAACGACAACACUGGCUCCGGCGACAUGAUGCCCACUCCCAAUCCCGACUCCGGCACCGACACGAUUCCCGCUCCCAUCUUCGGCUCUGACCCGGCCACUGUUGAAGAACGGUUCCGCGACCGCAAGGUCCUGAAGAAGCUGAAAGCCGAAGAACGGCUCCGCAAGGUCCUGAUGCUUCUGGCUACAUUCGCGGUGAGCAUCACGUACGUCGCCGGGCUGAGCACGCCGGGCGGCUUCUGGGACAGCACUGGGGGAAGCCACCGCCCAGGCGACGCCAUCCUCAAGGACCAGCACAACCCACGCCUGACGGUGUUCUUGCUCUGCAACACCACAGCAUUCGUGGUGUCCCUUCUCAUCACCAUGCUGCUCAUCAUCGAUGGCAAGAAGCUCCGCAAGAAGAAGACGACUCGGUCCCGCAUGCUCUGUGGGUGCAUUGUGGUCGCCCUGGUCGGCCUCGUCGGCGCAUACAUCGCCGGCAGCUGCAGGGAGAUCGAUACCACCGCCUACGUGGCCAGCUUGGUCGGCGCUGUUCUGGCAAUAGCACACAUCAUCCUACUCUAUGGUAUCUACACUUCAACGCAACAGACUGAAGAAAUUCAGCAGACUGAUGAUAAUGUCAGUGGCAAGGAGGUGCUGGACAAGGCUCGCUCUCUUGUUCUACUGCUUGCCACUCUUGCCUCUGCCAUCACCUACACAGCGGGGUUGAAGCCACCGGGAGGGCUUUGGCAGGACAACACCAACGGGCACAUGGCCGGUGACCCCAUCCUUCUCACAACCAAUGCUAGCCGAUACAAGGCCUUCUUCUACUGCAACUCGGUUGCCUUUGUGGCCUCCUUGGUGGCCAUUGUCCUAGUCCAGAUGGAAAUUCUGGUCAAGCACCACGUGCUGGAGGCAGCCAUGAUACUCGACCUGUUUGGCCUCAUUGGUGCAUAUGCCGCCGGGAGCUGCCGGGACGCGAACAACUCCAUUUACGUCAUCGCUUUAGCAGGCCUCGUCCUGGUCUAUGUGGUGAUCCAUGUUAUCUUCUUCACGCUGGACCACGAGGACAAACACCACGGCGACCAGGCAAAUCAGUUGCUGGAGAAGAGGCGCAAACGGUUGCUCCUCUUCGCGAUCUUGGCUGCGACCAUUACCUACCAAGCCGGCCUCACCCCUCCUGGUGGCUUCCUGCUCCAGGAUGACAAGCUCGGGCACCAGGCUGGCGACCCGGUCCUCUUGUACAACUUCCCGCGUCGCUACAAGGCAUUCUUCUACUGCAACUCGGUGAGCUUCAUGCUUUCCAUCUCCCUCAUCCUCCUCCUGGUGAACCCCAAUCUAUACAGGCCAGCCAUACGAAGCAAUGCGCUAUCUGUUUGUACGGCGGUGGGCUUGUUUUGUUUGAUGGUGGCCUACGCCGCUGGAAGCACCCAACACCUCAAGACAUCCAUCUACAUCUUUGUGUUGGUCGGUGCGGUCCUCUUCGUUGCAGCUGGACUGCUGCUAGUAUUUGCGCUGAGGGAGCAAAAUAAUAGUGACAAUUCAGCAGCUGCCGCCCCAUCCAUAUCCCAUGAACAGGAGGAGGAAGAAGAAGAAAGGAAGAAGGAGGAAGAAAGGAAGAAGCACGCGAGGCGCAAGUACCUGAUGCUGCUAGGAAUCUUGGUGGCGAGCGUUGCCUACCAGGCCGGCCUGGAACCGCCCGGCGGAGCAUGGCAGAGCAGUGGCAAUGGAUAUGAGGCGGGCGAUCCGGUGAUGCAUGAUAUCAAGAGGCCUCGGUACCUCGUCUUCUUCUACAGCAACUCCUUUUCCUUCGUGGCUUCCAUUGUUGUCAUCAUGAUGUUACUGCCGCACUGGCUGCCAAACAGGAAGAAAGAAGAAUGGGAGAAAUGGUCGUUGAGGGUGAUGAACUGGACGAUCCUGCUGGAUUUGGUCACUCUCCUAGUGGCCUAUGCAGCCGGCUCCAGCAGGGGUUGGAAGACGUCUGUGUAUGUCAGUAUGCUCAUACUUGCCGUUCUGGGCUACUUUGCAAUCCAUAUGACGCUGUCAAUAUGGUCUGAUCGUUGUCGUCGCCGUCAUCUUCGUGAGAGGCUUCAGAGCAGCCAAGAAAAUCCUCGAGUGUGAUUCGUUAUUGGUGUGCUCGGUGGUAUGCUCUAGCUAGCUGUCCCUGUUUUUAGAUUCCUAGUCUAGUUGAUGUAGUUGGAUAAACCUGCUUCCCAAUUAGAGCAUGCCAACAUUGUUUGUCCACUCACUAGGCAGGUGUG